AUGGUUUGGGGAACCCCAACUGGAAAAACCACUCGUCCAAAUACGCAGAGCGUCUCAGCGUGGUCGUCUUAUUUUAAUACUCUUGGAAAAAUAACUGACUUCUUAGGUCCCGGUGCUCGAUACAGUAUACCCAACCAGUGUAAGUGGAAUGAACGAAUGAUUUCAAAUCUAAUUUACUAUCAGUCGAAUUACUUUUUGUUAAGCUUCGUUAUAAUAAUCUUGUUGAGUGCGCUUAAUCCCGUUCCUGUUCUAAUAGGACUCCUCGUGACAUGUUUACCUCUAGUGAUUCUCCUAUUUUUGGAUACAAAAACACUCCAUAAUAUUAAUCAACCGAAGAUACUUAUUCCUGUGUGUGUUGUCAUUGCCAUGUUACUGAUUCAUUUUAUAUCUGGAAUUGUCCUUUUCUUCUGUGUUCUACUUGUUCCAGUACUAAACAACGUAAUUUGA